ACCAUUUUCCAUUUUGCGCGUGCUGGUUUGGAAGACUUUGGUUUGGAAGACUUUGGUUCAUAAAAAAUUUGCCUUUUAACUUUCAAAAAGAACUUUUGAUUUCAAAGCACCUCGAUACAUUCAGUCCAAAUGAGUAAUACUAAAAAUCUUCGGACUCCGGAGAGCAAAAAGACCGCGUCUUCAGAGACAAGUAAGACGCAUCUUGAUGACGAACAAAUGAAGCUGAUCAACAAACGYGACGCUCAUAGAAGAAGAAACGAAGCUUAUGUUAAAGUUGUGUACGGGAAUUCUACUGAGAGGGAAGAAGUGCGGAGGCGGAACAGAAUAUCACUUCAGCAGCAGAUUGAAGAACGUGAUGAGAACCACAGGACGUUUAUGAAGAACAGAUUUGGUGAAAGCGAAUUUGCCAUUAACUACGACAAAGCUUGUUUACACCAGGACGCACAAGACAGAAAAAAUAGGCAUGAUUACCUCAAGACGUUCAGGGAUGAAAAUAAAAGGGUAAAUGUUUAA